CAUACACACAGUUGCAGCCACAGAGAGGAGAUGCCAUGGCUUUCACCUUCACAGUCCUGAUCUGUCUGGGACUGAGUGUGAGACCCAGGAUCCCAGUGCUGGCAGGAGCCUUACCAAAGCCCAUCAUCAAAGCUGAGCCAAGCUCUUUGGUCUAUAGGGGAAUGCAAGUGUCCAUUUCAUGUAUGGGGACUUCGGAUGCAGGGAGGUACCUUCUUUAUAUGAAGAAAUUUGAUCAUAGACAGCACAAACAAACCUCUUCAAACCAUGGGGAGAAAGCUGUGUUCCUCAUAAGCUCUGUUGGAAAGCAUGACGGAGGCCAAUAUUCCUGUAUCUAUGUGACCACUGCUGGCUGGUCAGAAUACAGUGACAUUCUGGAGCUGGUGGUGACAGGAAUCUUUGACAGCAAACCCAGCCUAUCAGCCUUGCCUGGACCCGGGGUGACCUCAGGAGAUAAUGUGACCCUCGAGUGUUUCUCACAGGAGGAAUAUGACAGGUUCAUUGUGACCAAGGAAGGAGAGCAGAGGGACUUCAUGAGCAUGAAGUCACAGAAGACAUCUGUUGGGCAGUUCCAGGCCCUGUUCAUUCUGGGUUCUGUGACUCCCAGCAGUAGUGGGACAUUCAAAUGUUAUGGCUACUAUGAUGCCAACCCACAGGUGUGGUCAGAACCUAGUGACCACCUGGAAAUACGCAUCUCAGACUCAGAGACCCAGGAUCACACAGUAGAAAAUCUCAUCAGAAUUGGCAUGGCUGGCUUGAUCCUUAUAAUCCUUGGAAUUCUUCUGUUUGAGUCUUGGCACAGCCAGCUAGAGAUUCAUCAUUCAACUGAGAGCCACCAGAGUGAAUAAAAACCUGUGUCUUGAAGGAGAGAUUUUUC